CUGCGGCUCGCUGCUCUUUUCUUCCAAUCUGGCUCCCCCAAUCUCCCCUCUCCUCCCCUCUGCCUUUCUUUUCCUUUCUCCAUCUGCCACUCCAAGAAGGAGUGAAGGCAAUUGGCACUCGGUCCACACUGGAUCAUAGAUGGUGGCAAAAAUGGCAGCUUUUUUGCUUCACCCGUCCUCCUUUCUCCACCUCCCUCGGCCCCUCUUGAGAGAACUAACCCAGAUUUGAAAAUGAAUCGCCUCCUAUUCCCCUCAAUCUCUCCAGCUCCUCACGCUCUCUCUCUUUCUUUCUCUUUCUCUCUCUCUCACCAUCUUUUCAUCCUCCUCUUGGUAAAAACAGGACCAAUCUUGGAAAGAGAGUACCUCUUCAUCUCAUCCUCCUCCUCACCCUGCCUCUGGGUUAACGGAUAUUUACAACUUCUAUCUUUGGUUCCAGGAAAGCUAGAAUCACAGUCGCUUGUUUCCGUUUUUGUUGAAAACGCGUCCGUCUUUUUUUUUUUUUUUUUUUUUUUUAAUUCACGCUGGCUCAUUUCCUUUCUACUACUUGGUAUUUUUGUGUCCCGUUUGAGGUGACAACCUACAAGUGCCUCUUUUGCGAGGUGAGGGCCGAGCAAGCGAAGAAAGAUAGCCGUCGACAAGCAUUCCUUCCAAAAUACUCCCAUUUUCAGGUCUUUUCCCUUGUGUGCAACUCAAUUGCGUCCUCACUGACACCCUAUCAUCCAUCCUCCCUCGGUCCCUCCCUUCCUCCCUCCUCUCUCUCUCUUCUAGUCUUCUGUUUCCCUCCAGGCAGCAUGUCCACCCCUGUUCCCCCUUCCCCGCUGACACUGGCCUCCCCGACAUCAGCCGCCUCCCCUCUGCCUUUGCCCCUCUCACCUCCGCCCAGGGUGCCCGUGUUCCAGAGGAAGGGCGCCCUCAAACACAAGAGGAUUGUGGAAGUGAAAGAUCACCAGUUCACGGCACGUUUCUUCAAGCAGCCCACCUUCUGUAGUCACUGCACCGACUUCAUAUGGGGCAUCGGCAAACAGGGAUUCCAAUGUCAAGUUUGCAGUUUUGUGGUGCACAAAAGAUGUCACGAGUUUGUGACUUUCACCUGUCCCGGCUCUGUGACUGCCCCCAGACCUGAUGACCUGAGGAGUCGACACGCGUUUAAGAUCCACACUUAUGCCAGUCCGACCUUCUGCGACCACUGUGGCUCGCUACUCUACGGCCUAAUACAUCAGGGCAUGAAAUGUGCUUGCUGUGACAUGAACGUCCAUCGACGAUGUGAGACCAGCGUCCCCAGUCUUUGCGGCCAAGACCACACAGAGAAGCGGGGCCGGAUCCACCUGACGGUUCGAGGCGAGAAAGAAGAUGUUUAUGUCACAGUGCGGGAGGCUCGUAACCUGAUGCCCAUGGAUCCAAAUGGGCUGUCAGACCCGUACGUUAAACUUAAAUUGAUUCCCGACCCGAAGAGCCACAGCAAACAGAAGACCAAGACCAUACGCUCCACUCUCAAUCCUGUCUGGAAUGAGAGUUUUACUUUUUCCGUGCGUGGCCACCAGUGGGACAGGCGUCUAUCCGUGGAAGUGUGGGACUGGGAUCGUACGUCCCGCAACGAUUUCAUGGGCGCGCUGUCCUUCGGCGUCAGUGAGAUCUUCCGACGACCCAUCAGCGGUUGGUUCAAGCUGCUGGACCAAGACGAAGGAGAGUACUACAACAUCCCUGUGCCCGAUCCGGAUCUGCAGGAACCUCAACCAGAUGCCGCCACGCCCUCUCUGCCUCAAAUGGGACCCGUCACCCUCUCCGAACCCCUCCCUGUGGCAUUGCCCCUGACCCCCGUGACCUCCUGUCCUCCGACCCACUCCCACGGGCCAUGCAAGGGCAGAGUGGGCAUCCACGACUUCAACUUCCUCAUGGUGCUUGGUAAAGGCAGUUUUGGCAAGGUGCUCCUGGCAGAGGAACGAGGCAGUGAGCGUCUGUUUGCCGUCAAGGUCUUGAAGAAAGACGUUCUCUUCCAAGAUGAGGACACGGAGAGCGCGCUAGUGGAGAGGAGGGUCCUGGCGCUCCAGUCACGACCCCAUUUUCUCACAUCGCUGUACUGUGCCUUCCAGACUGAGGACCGCCUGUACUACGUGAUGGAAUACGUCAACGGCGGAGACCUGAUGUUUCACAUUCAGAUCGUCGGAAAGUUUAAAGAGCCUCACGCUGCGUUUUACGCUGCAGAGAUAGCGGUGGGCCUCUUCUUCCUCCACAGCAAAGGGAUCAUCUACAGGGAUCUAAAGCUGGACAAUGUGCUGCUGGACAGCGAGGGUCACAUUAAGAUCGCCGACUUCGGGAUGUGCAGGGAGGGAAUGUUUGAUGGUGACACCACGCACACUUUCUGCGGCACCCCCGAUUACAUUGCCCCCGAGAUUGUGGCCUAUCAGCCCUAUAAUAAAGCAGUGGACUGGUGGUCUUAUGGAGUUUUGCUUUAUGAAAUGUUGGCCGGACAGCCACCUUUUGACGGCAUCGAUGAGGAGGAGCUUUUCCAGUCCAUCAUGGAACAAUGUGUUUCCUACCCCAAGAGUCUCUCCCGUGAAGCUGUCGCCAUAUGCAAAGGACUACUAACAAAGCACCCCGGCAAGCGCCUUGGAGGAGGAGAGGACGCUGAACGCGAAAUCCGCGAACAUCCGUUCUUCCGCUGGAUUGACUGGGACCGUCUGGAGAGGCUUGAGAUCCCGCCACCGUUCAUCCCCAGAUCAGGAGGAAGAAAAGGAGAAAACUUUGACAAGUUCUUCACUGCGGCCCCUUCGGCGCUCACUCCCUCGGACCCUGACGUGCUGGCGGCCGUCAACCAAGAAGACUUUCUUGGCUUCUCCUUCCUCAAUCCAGAGUUUGCCCUCUCGCCUCUUACUUCAGUCUAAAAAAAACAAAACAAAAUUAACUAACGUGCAAAUAGUCUAGUUUUAUACUGCGAGCUCUCACAGCUACAUUCAAUACUAGGACUCUCGUGUGCCAUCGUUAUGUGGCAGUACACAGAGAAUGCUGAAAAGUGUUUUGGGGAAAUAAUAGCAGUAUCAUUUUGCAUGCGGACUAUUUAGAAUCUAUUUAUUUGACUCUAUUUCUGUAGAGGUUCCCAAUAAUAUUUAGACGUUAUAUGUGGGCUGCAGUAGAAAAAUCCUUUAGUUAGACAAUCUUUUUUGCUGGUGUGCCAAAAUGCAAUGCCAACAUUAUAUUUGUUUUGUUUGACCAAUGCAAGUAGAGUGCAAACUUCCACCAAGGUCAAACAGCUAACAGAAGUUGUUCUUGUGUUCUGAUUUUCUAUUUCAUGAAUGAUGGCUAACCGAUGUCAUUGAGAUUCUAGGAAGUGGAUGUAUCUUUCUAUGAUGUACAAGUGAAAUUAAUUCAUGCAACUCUAUCUAGAAAUAUCUCCAUACACCAUUAAUCAACAACAUUUCAGAGUUGAGUCUCGUGUUUCAAAACACAAUUUGUCCCGUUUUCAGAGGGUAAAGGGUCAUAAAGACAACACAUUUAGUGGUGGAUUUAAAGUAGAAUGAGUCACACCAAUUGAAUGUAACCAUUUUUAUUUGUUGUCAUGACUAUGAUAUCAUGUAUUGUAUUUUUUUAUUAAUUUAUUCUCUUCGAACAAUUAUUUGUAAAAAAAAAUAAUUUUGUUAGUUUUAUUUAUGAUUUGCCUUUGAUCUUAUUUUUUAAAUAUUUUGUUUUUUUCUUUCUACUUUUUUUUAUUACUAAUCCUAUAUUUCAUUAUAUUUGAUUUAGUUUAAAUCAGUUUUAGUUUAGUUUACGUAUACUUAAAAUAAACAAUGUUAUUUUUUUCAUAUUUCUUUUUCUAAUUACGGUAAAUUUUAGUGAUUCUGUUUAAAAAAUGUUCUCCACAUAAUGUGCUUAAUAGAUUUAUUGAUAUAUUUUUUUAAUAAUUUCAUUUAAUUUUUUUUACUGUUUUAUGUUCAUUUUCAGCAUUUUACGUUGAUUUUUUUUUUUAUUUAAAUUUUAUUUUUUAUUCAGUUACUUCUGUUAUAAGAUUUUUUUUUUUUUAAUUUUAUGUAUAACCCUAACUCUUUUUAUUUAAUUCAUAACAUUUUAUUUAAAAUUUCAGCAUUAUACGUUCAAAUUUUUUAAAAUCUUAUUUUUAUUUUUUUAUUCAGUUACCGCUUUUACAUAAUUUUCUUUUUAUAUUUUAUGUACAACCCUAACUUUUUCCAUUUAAUUCAUUAACAUUUUAUUUUUAUUUUCAGCAUUAUAUGUUUGAUUUUUUUUUUUUUUUUUUUCAGUUACCUCUCUUAUAUCAUUUUCUUUUUAUAUUUUAUGGAUAAACCUGUUUUUUUUUUUUUUUUUAGCAUUUAUUACAUAUUUACUCUUAAUUUAAUGUACCGUAAUAGUCAUAUCUAUAUGUAUGCAUGUAUGUAUGUAUGUACAGUGAUCCCUCAUGUUUCACGGUCAACUGGUACCAGAACCCGCCGCGAUAAGUGAAAAACCAUGAAGUGGUGCCCCCACCCCAUAAGCAAAGCAGCAAGGGAUCACUGUCUAUAUAUACCCUAUAUAUGUAUAUAUAUAUUCAUAAAAUAAACACAGUAUAUAAUUUCCUUUGAUGUACGGUAGUUUAUUUCAGACAGACAUCCCACUGAGCCACUCCGUCAUCUUCCUGUGGGCUCGCUCGACCUCUAAAACCAGCGUCCACGCGCACACAGGCAGUGCCCUCACACGACCCCCUCGGAAACCCCACUGACAGUACGAGCGAGCUUCAAGCGCCGCCUCCUUCUCUGUCUGUCAUCAUCACCCUUUACCACCUUAAAUUAGGCCACUAUUUUCAGCUCUGUUCAUUUUUUUAAUACUCUCCUUUUAAAAAGGCCCAAUUCCUUUUGCGAGCAAAUUCACCUUCGGGUUGUGAGCUCGCGCAGUUUUCCGACACACGGUGACGUUCUGACGACAUCAUCGAUUAGUUGUAAUUAACAAGCGUGGCUCCCUGCUAGCGGUUCAAUAUGAUAAGCAAAUAAUAGCAUCAACUGUCAUCCGGAGCUAUCUGAGCCUGGCCAGGUGGCAUCAUUAUCAUGAGCUUAACUCAUUCACUGACAGCCGUGCCAGGUCAAAGAGUAUGUGUUGUGGUAGUUAAUAUAAAAGGAGGAAAUUGAUUUUGAAAAUGUUGGGUGUUUCCCCAACAGCAACUAUUGAUGGCAAUAGACAUCCAAUCAGGGCCGGCCCAGGGCAUUUGGGGGCCCUAAGCAAAAUAAUGCCAAGGGGCCCAUAAUUUUGGCCCACCAUUUCAUCACAGUGUACUGUGAAACCCAUACAUGCAAUCCAACCCAUACGUCCAUAUUUUGUAUAUAAAUCAGAUUUUGUUGCACUGCAUACUUCAAACUUCUCACCCCAAACGAUUGUCAGUACUUACAGUAGAUAGCGCCAAACCUUUUUCUAAAAGAGGAAAAGAAAGAAGUUAAGGAAGAAAUUUUAUUUUUUUAAGCUUGAAAUUAGGUAUCAAAACUCACAAAAGUCAACUAAAGCAAACUGUAGUAAACAAAAUACAAAUUAAACAAUUGCCAGAUAGGGGACCCCUAGUGGUCCGGGGCCCUAAGCAGCUGCAUCGUCUGCGUAUAGGCUGGGCCGGCCCUGCAUCCAAUCCAGUGAAACUGUUCUUCCCAGUUAAAAUAGAUUGGACGUCGAUAACCGUCAAUGGCCACCAAAGACUUAAACCAUGUGAUAUCAUCAAGCGAUUUAUGAAGCAAAAAAAACCCGGCAAAAUACAAACGUGCCGUGCUUAUUUGAAUUUAUGUCUUUAUUCUUUUUUUUCCAAUUUAAUCCAAUUUUGUUUUGUUUUUUGGAAUUUUGUUUUACAUUUUGUUUUUUGUUUUUAUUACUCAUUACUCCCAUCCUUGUUUUUAAAUUUUUUACCCUUUACAUGAUUUUUUUCCCCAAAAUGGGUCCUACAACGAAUUCAUUUUUUAAAAGAAUUAUUUAUAUAUAAUUUCUUUUUUUUUUUUUUAAUUCUGUGUUAUUUUUAUAUUAUUUACUACUUUUAUAAAUUAAUUCAUGUAUUUAUUUUCAAAUCAUCCAUUGCAAUACACGCCGCACACAAAUACUAAACUUUGAUGUCAAAUAGAAGGCCGGAAAAUAUCCUUCGUGGGCCUUAUUUGGCCCUCAUGCCACAUGUUUGUGACUGCUGGUCUACAAUACGCUUUUUUUUACUUUUCAAGUUGUUUAUAAGCAAUACAAAUUGACGUUAUCGUCGUGUGAAUUCCUUUUUCUGGUCAAUGGACUGUUUCAGACCUGCCAUUGAUGGUAAUAGAGGUCCAAUCAUGUUGCUGUUUUCAUCCUUCUUCUGCGAAUUUAAAUGAGUUUAUCCCUAGUAGACGUCCAAUCCAAUUGAAUUGGGAAGUUAGCAGCGAAUGAACAAAUGCCAACCAUCCCACUUCAAAUGGAUUGAACAUCUAUCGCCGUCAAUGACAGCCAGGGAGUUACAGUAAUAGUGACGAUAUGAUGCACUAGUGUUUAAAUAUUAAGGAUAACAAACAAACCCAAUCUUUUAAAUCCUAUGUAUCUACUCAAUGUUGCUUGUGAUGGAGAAAACAAUCCGUAAACUGAUGAGAGGAAUAAAGAACAGCGC